AAUAAAGAAAAUGAUUUUUUUUUAAAUUUUUAAAAAUUUUAUUUUUAAUUAAUUUUUAUAAUACAGAUAUUUUUAUAAUCGCGACAAUAGGCGAGAUGCAGCCUAUUAUGGAACCGAGUACAAGCGUCACAAUUACGGAAAUUGAGUCAAAGGGACAGAUACCCCCGAACAAUUCAGCAAAUAGGGCUGGACACCAGUAUUUGGCCGGGGCAAUUAGCAAUUUUGGCGUAUUCUGUUUUGGCACCACAAUCGGCUGGACGAACAUUGGAAGGAGUGUGGUAUCUCAAAAGACUUUCAGCGUUAAGCCAACGCUAGAUCAGUGGGAAUGGGCUAGUUCAAUGCUGCCGCUGGGUGCUGCAUGCUUCUGCAUGCCCAUGGGUGUAUUGAUGAAAAUGUAUGGCUGCAAGUCCGUCAUGCUCUUCCAGCUAUUCCCCUACGUCUUAGGCUGGAGCCUACUGAUUUUCGCCAAUAACAUUUACAUGGUAUUCGUGGGUCGCUGUAUACAGGGUAUCUGUGGCGCCGCACUCUGCGUGGCAGUGCCCGUGUACAAUGCAGAAAUCAGCCGGCUGCAUCAGCGUGGGGCCAUGAUCAGCGUGUUUUAUGGCGCUAUUGUUUACGGCGCAAUCUUUAAUAACAUACUGGUCGAGAUCCUUAGUGUAGAGUACGCCAACGCUACCUGUACGCUGAUGGCGAUUCUCUGUCUCUCCGUUGUGCUUAUACCCGAGUCGCCGAGCUACUAUGUCUUACACGGACAAUUAGAAAAAGCUCAGACCUCCAUGCGAUGGCUGCGCGGUGAUCAAUAUGAUCUAAACACUGAGCUACAGUUGCUAAUACAGACGACAAGGAGAAACGACUCGAAACUGCAUCGAAGUUGUUGGGGCUUCAUGCAUAGCAAAAUCAGUCAGCGCAGUGUGCCUCGGGCAACUAUACUGUUAAUGCUAUAUCAUAUGUCCGGCGGCGUUAUCAUCAUGGGCCACAUAAGAGAUCUGCUAAUGAAGAUGACCGAUUCGAGGUUCAAUAUCUAUGUGAUGUGGCUGUGUGUGUCCAUGUGUCUUGGCCACUUGAUCUGUUUACUGACGGUCGAUCGCAUUGGUCGCCGUUCGCUGUUGCUGCUCUCCGCGGUGGUCAUGUUCAUGACUUCGCUCCAUUUGUGCGUUUGGUUUAAAUGGAUGCAGUCAGAAGCAUGGCGCUGGCCAGCCUUGCUCUCCCUAUUCAUUUUCAUCACAUCAUUCUCAAUGGGCUUUGGUCCGGUCACUUGGAUUAUCUACGUCGAGCUUAUGCCAGAACACGUGCGGCCGUUUGGCUGUGCCAUCGCUGCCACAAUAGGUUGGCUGUUUGCCACCCUAAUGAACAUUGGGUACUCGUUCAGUGUGGGCCAUUUUUCAAUAUUCUAUUUUAUGCUAAUUAUCUGCAUGUUGGGGCUACUAUUUGUCGGCAUUUUCAUACCCGAGACCAACAACAUAACAUCAGACCAAGUACAGCGGAUAUUGAAGCGGGGUGUCUUUAAUGAUGAGAAUCCUAGCGAUGAAUCAUUUUAAAUGACGCUUUGCUAGCAACUAAAUUAAUGGUUAGUUUAGAUUAUAUAUGCUUCAUUUUCUAAUUGUCAUUAACUAUGAUUAUUAUAUUUAUUAUUAGUUUUGUACGUAUAGAUAGUAAAAUUCAUACCCAUUGCUGUUGAAAAGAGUA